CCCUCCCCCUCGGCGGGCGCACACAGGCCGCCCGGGCAACGCAAGCGCUGGAGCCCCCGCCGGCCUGUGCGCCCCUAGCCGGCAUGGACCCCGAGCGCUGCGCGCCUUUCGGCGUGGGGCCGGGGCCCGGCUCCUACGCGGCCGCAGGGGAUGAUCCUCCAGGCCCCCAGGGGACCCCGGCCGCUGCACCUCACCUGCACCCCGCGCAGUCCCGCGCCCCGCGGCUGAGCCGCUUUCCGGCCUGCGGGCCCCUGGAGCCCUAUCUUCCAGAGCCCGCCAAACCACCAGCCAAGUACCUGCAGGACCUCGGGCCCAGCCUGGCGCUCAACGGCGGCCACUUCUACGAGGGCUCCGCGGAAGCUGAGGAGAAGGCCGCCAAAGCUGCCAGCUUUCCCCAGCUGCCCUUGGACUGCCGAGGAGGCCCCAGGGACGGGCCCUCUAACUUGCAAGGCUCUCCAGGCCCCUGCCUGGCCAGCCUGCGUGUCCCCCUGUCCCCUGGACUCCCUGAGUCCAUGGAGUUGGCCAAGAACAAGAGCAAGAAGCGCCGUAACCGCACAACCUUCAGCACAUUCCAGCUGGAAGAGCUGGAGAAGGUCUUCCAGAAAACCCACUACCCUGACGUGUAUGCCCGGGAGCAGCUGGCUCUGCGCACGGACCUGACGGAGGCCCGAGUACAGGUCUGGUUCCAGAAUCGAAGAGCCAAAUGGCGUAAACGCGAGCGUUAUGGGAAGAUACAGGAGGGGCGAAACCCCUUCACGACUGCCUAUGACAUCUCUGUGUUGCCCCGCACCAACAGCCACUCCCAGCUGCAGAACUCCCUGUGGCCUAGCCCAGGGGCAGGGAGCCCUGGGGGCCCCUGCCUGGUUUCUCCAGAGGGCAUCCCCUCCCCGUGCAUGUCCCCGUACUCCCACUCCCAUGGGAGCAUGGCUGGUUUCAUGGGGGUGCCAUCCUCCCCUGGAGCCCACCCUGGCAUCUACUCCAUCCACGGCUUUUCCCCCACCCUGGGGGGCCACAGCUUUGAGCCCUCUCCGGACAGCAACUACAAGUCUCCAGGCCUCGUCUCACUCAGGGUGAAGCCCAAGGACCCACCCAGCUUGCUGAACUGGACAACGUGAUGGGCCGUGUGACACACAGACUGAGCCGCUCAGCCCCUUUUUUGUUCCCAGCUGCUCCCACCCCACCCUUGCCUGGACCCCAGAGAGGAUACACCUCUGCCUCCAGCCCCACUUGGUUUCUGGAGGCCUGGGCAGAGCAGCUGGGACCCUCAGCUACAGGGUUGUUUCUCCGAGAAUAAUGUGGGACUGCCCAGAACAGUGUGGGCUUCAAAGCAGGUGCCCAGGCCUCUUCCUAUGACAUACUGGAUUCCCUCACCCAAACUGGCCUAGAGGGAAGAAGACACUGCCCUGCUUCCUCCAGACUUUGUCCAAGUCUGUAUCCCUCCAGCUGAAAUGGCUUAAUUGGAUCCUCAUUCAGGGAACCCAGGA